ACCUCUCUUUCUCUCGGACGCGCUUCCUUUCUCUGCUACGUUGGUAAGAUCGAAAAUGUCGGAAGAACUGGAGAAAUCUGUACCUGCGGAAGAGUCUCUGAUGGAUAAGAUAGCCGAGAAGAUCCACGAUCACGAUUCAUCGUCUUCAUCAGACUCCGAGCACGAGAAACCUGAGUCUCCGUCGGCUUUGAAGGCGAAGAUAUACCGUUUGUUUGGGAGGGAGAAGCCUGUUCACAAGGUUCUCGGUGGUGGCUUGCCUGCUGAUGUGUUCUUGUGGAGGGAUAAAAAGCUCUCAGCUGCUGUUCUUGGUGUAGCUACUGCCAUUUGGGUUCUGUUUGAAUUGGUUGAGUAUCAUUUGUUGAGUCUCGUGUGUCACAUUUUGAUAUUCUCCCUUGCUGCCAUGUUCUUAUGGUCUAAUGCUCAUGCCUUCAUGAAAAAGUCUCCACCUAAGAUUCCUGAGAUCCAUGUUAAGGAGGAACAUUUCCUUUUGAUUGCAUCUGCGCUGAGAAACGAGCUGAACCAGGCCUUUGUUAUCUUAAGGAGCAUUGCUUUAGGAAGGGACUUGAAGAAGUUUCUCAUGGUGGUUGUUGGGCUGUGGAUUAUCUCGGUUGUGGGAAACUGGUUCAACUUCCUGACCCUUGUCUACAUCUGUUUUGUGAUGUUGCAUACAGUACCGAUGCUGUACGAGAAGCAUGAGGACAAGGUGGAUCCAAUGGCAGAGAAAACGUUGAAGGAGCUGAAGAAACAUUACUCUGUCUUCGAUGAGAAAGUUCUUUCUAAGAUCCCUCUUGCUUCCCUCAAGGCCAAGCUGGGUUAGAGACUUUAUAGUGAAUCAAUCCCCUUUGACGUUUUGGCUUGUGUCUUGGGGCAUUUCUGUUUCUUUAUAUUUCUAAAACUCGAAAAGGAACUGUUAUUCUACUUUUACUUGUGUUCAUUUGAUGAGAGCAUAUUUUUCCCGGGGAAACGAUUUUCGUUUUCUUUUGCUAUAUGAUGUGAACUAUGAGAUAAUGCUCUAUAUAUGUUAAUCCAUGAGUGGUAAAAAAGUUAUUUCCUAG